AUGAGUUCAACAGGUUAUGGGCCCAGGAGCAAUGCUAAGCUGCAAAGACUUUUAUUUGACGGAGAUGAAACGAAAUACGAGCUUUGGGAAGAGAGGUUACUCGGUUAUUUGCAAACCAUAAAAUUGAAGAAAACAAUUCUAUCGUCGGCUCCACUUGAGGAAGAAGGCGACAAAGCGAAGAAUGAAGAGAGUUACGCCGAGUUAAUACAACUUUUGGAUGGUAGGCCUACUAGCCUAUCGUUAGUGAUGAGAGAUGCCGCUGGCGAUGGAAGGAAAGCCUUAAAGAUUUUACGAGACCACUACGCAAGCCAAGGUAAACCUAGAAUAAUAGCACUUUAUACUGAGCUCACGUUACUCGAGAAAGGAACAAGCGAGACAGUGACAGACUAUCUAAUACGUGCAGAAAGAUCGAUUAUGGCCCUGAAAAACGCUAAAGAGACACUUAGUGACGGGCUUGUUAUUGCCAUGAUAUUAAAAGGCUUACCUGACUCAUACAAAUCCUUUGUUGUCCAUAUUACACAAAGUACAAGUGAAAUUACAUUUGCUAUUUUCAAGUCUCAACUGAAAAGCUUUGAAGAAACAGAGAAGUUUAAUGUAAGCCAAAGACUGAUCAAGUAA